AUGGACUCAGGAAAUCCAAAAGCUACACCAGCUGAUCCCAAUUCCCAUUUGACAAUCUCCAUGUCACCAACAACGGAAUCUGGAACCUUUGCGAUGAGAAAAAUCCCAUACCGAGAGGCUGUCGGAUGCCUGAUGUACCUCACCAUCGUAUCCAGACCAGACAUAGCCUUCGCUGUCGGGCAGGAAUCUCGCUACUGUGAAAAUCCAGGUCCAGCACACUGGGAGACCGUUAAGCGAAUCUUAGCCUAUAUCUCAAGUACUCGUAAACAAGGACUCUUUUUCAGUGGGAGCCGCCAACCACUCAAUGGAUUCAGUGAUGCAGACUACGGAGGUUAUCUUGAUCAUCGCCGCUCAAUGACUGGCUACAUUUUCAAUCAUAAUGGAGGGCCGGUUGCCUGGUGUAGUAGGCGCAAAACCUGCACUACCCUAUCAACAACUGAAGCUGAGUAUGUUGCAGCCAGCGAGACAUCUAAAGAAGCGAUCUGGCUCCGGCAUCUACUUCAAAACAUCGACCUGGCAAAACAAAAUCCAGUAAAGAUCCACUGCGACAAUCAAAGAGCCAUUCAGCUAGUCCGUAAUCCGGUAUUUCACGGAAGAACGAAACAUAUCGAUAUACGAUAUCAUUUCAUCCGUGAUCAAUUGGAGUCCAACAAGAUCGACAUCAUCUACAUUGAAACAAAAAUGCAGAUUGCUGAUAUUCUCACCAAACCAUUAGCCACGCCACUAUUUGAACGCUUACGCGAUCAACUUGGAGUUAUUCCUGCCCCAAUCUAA